UGGGAGGUGGUUGGCGGUGCGUUUCUGUGCAGUGAGGCGGUGCCUGCCCUGCCAGCUCCAGACUGCGGCGGGCAGAGCUGUACGUUACAGAAAUGGCGGAGGGGGAGUUGGACGUUGACUCGCUGAUUUCCAGGCUUUUAGAGGGUGAGUUUGUGACCUUACUGCCUUGAUAUGAUCACAAAUGCUUGCUGUUGUAGUCCUUCUUGGUUUGAAGGCGUCGUUUUGACAGGAGUUACAGGGGGAAAGGCCCGCCUGAACGUUACUUGCUAGCUGAUCCCGGUAUACCAAAAGAGUGGACUGGACCAGUCCCGUCUGUCGACAAUAUAAAAGUCACAGACACACCUUAAUUGAAGUUAUUGUGUUAAUCAAUAUGCUACGAGCUUCUAUUUGUUAAAUUUUGUGUGUUAAAGUUUGCAUUUAAGGUUGAACUGUAACAAAGUUUGUAGUUGGCUGACUGUUGUUUUGCUCCGACCCGGUCAAGUAAGAGGCGAACUAACUAUAAAUAUGUAAUUUAUGCCUGAACAGUGUCGCAACACUUGUAUUACAUCAGUACUCAUGUCAUCAUUUUGGCACGCAGUCGUUUGAAUCUCUUACCGGCCAAGCCUAUACUUCAGAAAAAAUCUUGAUCACAAAACGACCCUGCCUGUAUUUCCACAAUCUUUUUUGACAUCAAAAUACAGCUCUGUGGGUAGUAGCUCGCUGUACAUACCUGCUCCACAAGUUGACUUUUCUUUAAAAAACAAGGUGAAACUUGGUGUGCAAAGUAUGCUGAAUACUACAGGACAGUCCUCUGAUUUAUAAUUGAAGUUGAAAUUAUGGUCUUAGCAAGCACAAAAAGUGGUAUCCUGCAGUUUAAGUAAAAAUAUAAAGAUUCUACAUGUGAUUUGGCGUUUAGAGCUGGAUAGACAAGGCAUGCCACAGAGCUGUGGUGUUUAUGUGGGGAGCUCUGCUGAAUGGUAAUGUUUACACAACCCACAGGACUUGAUUUUCUCCCAGUUUGAGUGUGUAACUGUUGGCAUUUAAAACUAAAGUUACUUUUUUAACUUUGACGUGUAUGUGUGAACCCUUUAAAUAAGCGGAACCGACCCAGAAAAUCAGGACAGAUGCUGGUUGCAAUGUUCAAACAUCAGUUAAGUUGUGGUUCUGACUUGUUUUUUAAUCAGCUGUUUUACACCAUUUUGUUUUAGGUGACUUUAAUCCCAUCUGAGCUACACUGCAAGCGUUAGUGAACAUUGCAUGCCUUCACAAUCAUCAAGAAAGUGCAUAUUCAAUCAUGCAAAUUUACAGAAUAGCCUUUAACUUGACCUUCUUAGAUGUAAGAGUUCAUUAUUUUGAAAUGGUAAAUUAUCCAGAAGCCUCUUCAGCAGUUUAACUGCCACAAACUUAGUCGGAAGCAAUUUCCAGUACUUUUACAGCCUGACAGAAACCCUCUAUAAUGUAAAAACUAUAGGGGGUAUAUAAUAUAUGGAGGUCUUUAUUCCAACCUAAGCCAUCAGCCAUUUGUUUAUUUCACUAACAGACUGGGAUAUUAAGCCAAAAAUGCCAAAAAGACAGCUUAGAAACAGCCUCACUGGAACUGUACAACAAAGUCUUCAACAACAAAUGGGGUGGUUUAAAACAUGGUGUGACUGCUGCUGGUUUUACUGCAGAUUUGGAGCUCUGACGUUUGUCCCAUGUCACUGCUGAGCUUCACUGCACGCUGAAUUGAUCCCUGCACAUUCAUGAGUUGAAGCGUGCAGUUUUGCAUGUACACCAGUUUGAUGGACGCCAUAGCAAAGCAUGUAAAAAAAACUAAAAGGUUUGCAUUUCUAUAAUGUAGGCAAAGAUGAAGACUGAGUAUUGGCAGAUACUAAAAUCUGAUUUGGAAGGGGGGCAAAUAAAUUGAUGGUAACAAAAUGUUUAAAUUGUAUUAGGGAUAUUAUAUAUUCACUGAUUUAAAAACUUAACUUAUGUAUAAACUCACACAGACAAUUUUUCAUUGUUUGCCUUAAGUGUAAUAAAUGUUUUCUCUUCCUUAGCUGAUAUAUACUUUGCUCUUAUGUUGCAUUUGUGUACUUUUCAGUGAAAGCCCAACUUCCCUGCUGCACCAUUAAUUGAAACAGACAAGUUCAUAUUUUCAUCCCCACCAACUCAAUUUUUUAUAAGGAACUUUUCUUUGUCAAAACAACAACAAAGUAAUAUCAGCAUUACAUAUCGGCCAGUCUGCUUUCUGAAUAUCUGUAUCGGUUGCUGAAAAACUUCUAUCAGUCAACCAUUGAUGCUUAGCUGUUACAUCUGUGCACCUAAUUUCAACCCAGCAGUAGAUUUGUGCUGUUAUCCUUCCCAUUUAUACAUCUUUAAUACAACACAAAUUAGUCUUUAGAUCAUUGAGACACUCAUAUAAACAAAUUCAUAUUAGAUUUCUGUCUUCUCAGGGAGCUGAAGUUGGAUAAAAUGUGUGUUUUGUGAGUCUUAAUCUGAGAAUUCAGCACAAAAGCAUCCAGAGUACUUUCUAAGAAAGCGUUGUUGUCGCUCCGUCCUCAUUGUUAUGUGUUGGGUCGUGGAGGCUGAUUGUAUUAGCAGUGCUAAAUAAGGGAUCCUGACAUUAGGUGUGCUGAUCUGUCUGUCUCCUGGCUUUCAUUGAGACACUGUCCCUCUGUGUCUUCAGUAAACACGUGGACAGCCGAGGCUUCACUGAGCAAACACUCAUGAUCGAUUGUCUGUCACUUACACACACACAGAUUCAGUGUGCUGAAAAUCACACACUCAGAAAGGUACACAGUUUGGGAGCUUAUGCUAAUGAAAGAGUUCACUGUGGGUAAACAUGUCUGUAUAACCCAAUCACCUGGAUUGAUUGAAACCUCUUAUGUAAUUGUGCUUGUUUGCUCUUUGUGAGGCUGUGUGUGUGUGUUAGCCUGUUUUGAGGCUAUACUGUAGCUGGUUUUCUUGCAUUAUAUUCAGCUGCUUUUUAAUGCACAAACCAGAAAACCCCAGGAGAGGAAAUUGGAGGGAUGGCGGCCUAAAAGCUUCCAGAUGUGAGCUGUGAAUAUGUAUAUGUAAUCAUCCAUUUUCUUUCAGCCACUUUCUCCUUCCAUCUACAGUUUUAUUUUGUUUUUGUAACCAAGUGACUCCUUUUUUGGAGCAAACACUUCUAGUUUUAACUCCCAUAUUCUGGGCUGUGGAGGGAUUUGAUGAACCACAGUGCUGCCAACCUUAAAGUGUAAGGCUACCAGCUGAAAUUGAAGAUCACCCACUGAAUGAAUCCUUCUUAACUAGUCUGCACUUGUCCAGCUGUUUCUUGUGUUUUGCACUCUUUAUGUUUGGUCACGCUCGUACACUCAAAAUGAUUGAAAGGCAGCAGUCCCACACAUAUAAGUUGCAUUUUGAGCCCAGAUUAUGCCGACAGUAGGCCUGUGUAUCCAGCACAGACGUGGAUGUUAACCUGCAAAGAGGACAGAAAGCAUGUAGUGCUCACUCUGCUGUUGUUCGCCAUACACAGCAAAACAAUUCAACACUGUUUACACACAGACUCAGAAAUCCAGAGUUAAACCAUGUUGGGUAAACUUCUCAUUUCUGACUGUUUGCUGGAUGUUUUCUCACCUUUGGAGCAGCUGGUUAGUUAGAACAUGAGUCACUUUAGAAGAUCCACAGACAUUUGACUGGAUUUGUUUUGAAAAAGAUGAUUAAUGAUUAAAUUAGCAAAAUCUUCAACUAAUCUGACCAGACCGUUUACUGCACCUUGAUAACGAUAAAUGGACAAUAACUACUCCACAAGUGGCUCACCCCCUCCCACAUUAACCUCGUCUACUUAAGCCGCUGCUCCAACUUUUGAACCGUCCUCCAUCUCCUCACCUGUCUACCUCUUUGUUAUAGACUGGAUGGGGUGGAGUCACGUCUCUGACGUAGGACAGCGUCUUAAAGGGACAUGAGACCAUAGUCUACCUACACACAUCCAAAACCAACUUUUAUUUAUUUAUUUAUUUAUUUGGCACCGAAUAUAUUGACAAGGGCAAAAUGGCGCUGGUUAUUGUCUUAAAUUUAGGUGUUGGUAGAUUUUCAGUUUAUUGCCCAGCCCUAGGUGUAAAGAUAUGAAAGUUUUAUGCCUGGUACUAUUUGACAAAGUAGAUCUGCCCACUAAAGCUAAGAUUAUAUUUGACUAAAUUUCAUCUGAAGUUUAUAAAACAUGCAUUAAUUCCCACAUUUUUUUUAAUUUAAUGAUCUUAUCUUCUGUCUAUCUUGUUUUAAGUUGCAUAUAGUUCACACACAUCCUAGGAAACGUUAUCAAACUGACCUGAUUUAACAUAUGAAUAAGCUGUCAAGCAUGUGACUGAUCGCUGCUGCAAAAAACUGCUUUUUCAAAAUAAAGGCAGAAAUGCACAUUUUCACUCAAAAAUAAUCAGACUGGAUAGUUAAAGGGGUGUUGCAGUGUCUUUUUUACAGAAUAUAAGCAUGAAGAGAAGUAAGAGUUAUGAAUGCCUGUGAGAAAUACGUGAAAAGUGGAUUAUAUGCACAAUACUUUGAGAAACAAGUAAAAAAUAUACACUGUAAAAUACAAGUGUGCAUUCAUUAUUGCACAGAGUAUUGCAGCGUAAGAUAUGUGAAAUAUAAAAAGUGCUGUUCAGUUGGAUUGUUGCACAUUUAUGUUCCAGUUUAGAUCCAGAGCUGCAGAGUUAAAAGAUAAAUAAUAAGGGGUUUAUAGCUGCUGACAGUGUGUUUCAGUCUGUCCUCACCGGUGCUUCAUUUUAUUUUAAGACUUGACCUUAAACAACACAAAGACCUCUCUGAUGAACCCUUGAUAUCUCUCAUCUCAGUUUACUGAACAAGAUUACAUUUUCAGACUGUUUUCAUUUGAAUGCCUGUCUGUCAGUGUUUGUGUUUUUGUUGGUGUUCAGCUAAAAAAGCUUGUUUUUCCAGGCUGAGAGGUCACAGUUUCUUUUUAUGAAUAAAAGGACGUUCUUCUAGUGUAGGACAGGAUUUCCUGAAAGACUUCAAUAGGAGGUAAAUGUCUCACUUUUUCAAUGAGCUGUGCUGACAGCCUGGAACCUACACACACACAGACACACCGGGCGCACAUAUGGAGAGCUCUCUGAUCUCCUACUAAAUGUCAACAGGCACAGCUGUUCCUGCUGGAAAUUAACCUACCCUUUUGGUGACACGCACGUACACACACACACACACACACAAACACACAGGAGGGGGUGGGGGGUUGAGCUACAGUAAUACAGUAGGCUUUUAGCCCAGUUGUUUAUUUUUACUCACCAGUGUCUUUUACUUGGAAUCUGAAAUCUGAUUUAUUCAACCAUAACCAGCUGAUCAGCAAUAACCCUCAUGAGAAUUAUCAUAAUAAUGCACAACUUGUUUAACAUAACCAAACACAAGAACUUGGAGUUGCUGUCAAAUUGGUUUUCCCAGCAUGGCUAACAUUAGCAGAGCUAGCUCCAUCAGCCUUUCGUAUGUGGUCAUUGUGGCGUCACUUCUGGCUUAGAUUCACUCACUGCAAAACCACACAGCCCAACUUUGUGCUUGUUUGCAUCCAUGUAGUAGAGCAUUAUAACAUUAUUGCUGCAGCUGUUAACCGGCUCAUAGCAGGUCAAUGUGCUGUACAGCUUAGAUGGAGCGUAUAACCGGCACUUUAGGUCAGUGACCUCAGCGUGUAAUCCUUGAGCUGAUUAAACGCACACAUCUCUAUUGGGGGUGUGAUGUCCCAUCCUUAUACACAGUAAAUGGACUAGAGAGUUAGAGUUUAAUUUAGUGCUUAGCUUCCUUUAAACUCUGAAUGGGUAAAGUGGUUUAGGUAGAAUAAUUGUCUACUAUAGCAGCGUCAGAAUACAGAUCUCCUCAUUUGUCCUUGAAUUCAAAGAAGUUCAUUUUUCACCAACCAGCCAAACCAUUAUAAACACUUCGGCAAUCAAAUGCAAUCCAGUUUUUAUUGACAUAUUUGUAUUAUUGAAGACCAUUAGAUUGCUAAGGUUAUGGCUGGUUGGUGUAUAAGUUAGCACUGCGUAGCUGUAUUUAUAUUGUGUCAGUGUUCUGUCAUGAAAAUCUGUGAAAAGUCUUUCUGCAGUUGAAGCUGUUUGAGCAAUGAAGUAAUAAGGUACCAAUAUCUCAGGAAUGCAAAAGGUGGUAUCAAAGAUAGUCCUUUAAAACGGUUUUAUUGGUCACAGUCUAUUUCAAGUCUUAAAUUUCAGGGUCUGUGCUAUAGAUUCACCCAAAAGGGUCCUGUCAAAACCUUGCAAAAAGAUGGUUAAAAACUGUUGAUUUAAUUCAACUAGACAGUGAAGUGUUCGGACAUUCAAAGACACACCUACAUUUCCUCGUGUCCUUCAGCUGUUGUUUGGUAGUGGGGUUGACAGGCGUUGUCUAGCCGACAGGCUAAACCUGAUCGACUGACAACAUGGUUUACAAUCACUGAAGCCUCCUCUCUAUUUUCAUUUGUCACUCUGAAUACAAUGACUUGUCACUUGCUGUCUUGUGAGUCAGAGUUUAAAGGUGAGUAACACAAUGGUGUGUAGAUGAACUUAUUGAAGCCAUUUGUGCGUGUAAUUCAAAAUGGCAUGUGUGUGUCUGUCUGGAUGAGUGCUUGUUGAGGACACACUCACUUGUUGUUGGUUACACUUGUUCGGUUCUGUCACUGCUUCACAUUUGGACUAGAUCUCUCACAUAGUUUGUCCCUAUGGCUCACACAUAGCUGGGAGAGUAGCAGCAUAUCUCUAAUACCAAAGUUAUAUGAUGCCUGCCCUGGGAUUAAGUUCAAAAGUGUCCUCAUCUAGUUCCAUAUGGAUAGGUCAAACUUCACAGAGCUCAUCCUGGAUCAAGACAUGGCUCACCUUUUAGGAAAAUGUAAACCAACUCUGUUUCUGCAGCGAGCUCGUAAUGCUUCGUCUGACCCCAACAUUAUAGCAGGCAGCAGCAAUAGGCCUUAAAAAUGACAUAGUCUUCUUCCUGAUGGUCUAGUUUGCUUUGUAGGUCACUUUCUAUUAUCCAGCCAUUAUAUAGAUAUGAAAGUUUGAGCGUUUGCAUAUUUGGAUAAAUUUACUGACUUGACUGGCAGGUUGGCUGAUUGUAGGUGUUGAUCUGCCGGAGGCUUAAAGGCUCCAGCUCCACCUCUUAGCGUGUAUCAAACAUUAGUAUUUAGGGCUGAAAUGAUUCCUCGAGUACCUUAAUUACAAAAAUGAUAGAGUACUCACUGUUUCGCACAGAUUAUUUUCAGAGUUUUAAUAAUUACUCGAUUAAUUGAUGGAAUAUUGUAGAAUACUCGAUUUCCAAAAUAUUCAAUAGCUACAGCCCUAUUAGCGUUUCCAAAAUGGUGACCUCCAUUGUUGGUGCUUCAGAACGCCUCUGCAGACACCACAUAAUGGGCAUGCUGUCACUACUGGUCUGGUGUCAGAUAGCCAGGGUAUUUUCCUGUCACUCUUUGAGAACAAAUUGAUACUAUCAUUGCUGUAUCACAGUGUUACAGGACACUGCGGGGUAUAAAUUAGUCGUCUUGUUUUAGUAAAACUCCCAGCAGCUAGUUUCAGAUUUCACAGCAGGAUCAAUACGGUUGCUUGCGGUAGUUGUGAGCUGACAUUUUUCACAGCACAGCUCCAAACAGCAGCCCUGCAGACUUCUCUCCCUGCAUGUUUGUGCUCUCUCUUCUGAACCAGCCGUCUGUUUUCCUGCCCUCUAUUUCAGACCCUCCUUCUGCCGCUCAUUACCGUCAGUGCUGUACUUCUAUGUGCUGCAGUGAGGUAACUAUUAAAGGCCCCCAGCUUUCCCAGCAGGCCCAUGCUGAGCCCACACUGGUCUGAGCUCCCGCCACAACAGGCCCUCUGUCUGCUCUGCCAGCACAGGUGGCCUAUAGGCUUUAUGUGGUACUCAGGGCUCAACAGCAGAGCUCCAAACAUCAGCAGGAGAGAGGAGGCGGGAUGGAAAGUUGCAUUUAGGAGCCAUUUUGGUUUAUGGGCAAAGUGUGUGCAAUUACUGGUACAGAAAAUCCUCAUUAGAGCAGUUUGUUAGGCUGGAUAUUUUCAACAGCUUCAUCUGCUUGCUUUAUUGCAGGUGGACAGUUUGCCGUCUGUUAGUAAUAAUGGAAGCAUGACAAGUGGAAGGUACAAUAAACUGUGAGGCUUGUGUGUUGUGUGAUGUUCUGUAUUAUAUUUAUUUCCUAUUUUGAAAUUUUAAAUGAUUUAUUCUCUGUAGUUUUUUAUGAAGCAUUCAGAAACCUCUAGUUUUCUCACAUGAACUCUCCCUGUUUUUGUCUGCUCUGUUGACAGUCUUUAUCAGCUGUUAUUUCUGAAAGGUUGACCACAAGGCUCCACUGUUUUUAGAUUUAUUCACCCAUGAUUCCUUUUAUGAAGCAGCAGAUAAGUCACACUGAGCCAUCUUGGAAAUGUAAACAACAUGGUUGUAUUACUUAACCAGCUGUAUUUACACUCUUACAGCAUAAAAAGUCCUACAUUUCUAACACUUUUGGAGGCCUGUUAAUGAACAGAAAAUAAGAUUGCAGUUUCAAUAUGCAGAAAGGUUACCAAACUGAGGUAUUUUCAACUCAAAGCUGCCAUGAGACGAAGGGUAAGAGGGACACGAUCACCAAUCAAGAAAAAAUUAAGGAGAGCGAGUGGUUCCCAUGAGAGGCAAGGUCUGCUCUACAAACUUUAGCAGACAGUUUUUCUUGAAAUGCUCCUGGACUUGGGGAGUUUCAGGGCAUGGCAGUGUUAUGUUUAUAGUUGUUCCGAUUCCCAUACCAGUAUUGGAAAUUGCUCCGACGCUUCCAAAAAUGCUGGCAUCGGUAUAAGCAAGUACUGGAGUCCAGGCACUGAUCCAAUACCAUGUAAUUUAUCAAACUGGUAAUUUAUUUACUGGUUAGCUCUGUUAACUCUGUUCUGUUUAAAUUUCCUUUUUAUGUAAAAAUAUUGUGGCUGCACUUUAAUUUUUUAAAAAUAACUAUUCCUAGAUUUGUUUCAUUAAAUUGCAUUUGCUGUUUUUAAAACUGUUCUAUGUAAAAAUAAAUAGCUUGAAUUUGCUGUAUUUGUUUGUGUUUUACAAAGAGUUUAAUCUGAGCCAGACGGUACCACAAUGAUAAUCAUAUCACAGUUAGAGAUGCACCAAUCCAUUUUUUUCCGAUCCAAUCCGAUACCGAUACCUGGGCUGAGUGAUAGCCGAUACCGAUCCAAUACUACUGUUGAAUGAAUGAUCUGUAUACCUUGCCCUGUGAGUGAAGGCAUCAGGCUUAAUAUUAGCCUUGUUAAAAAAAAAAGGUAACAAAUUAACACAGAUAUAAAUUUACUUAAUAUUAUUAAUGAACAAAUACUAAAUUGCACAUUAGCACACAGCAAAAAGAAUGUAAGACUUCCAUGUAAUAAAAGACAAAUGAAUUAACAGGAAAAAAAAGACUUAAUCGGAACGACUGAUUGGCGUCAGUUAUUAGAUAUCUGAUCCAGUUAAUUUGUCAAUAUCGGAGCCAAUAUCCGAUCCAAAUAUCGGAUACCUGAUCCAAAUACCUGGUAUGAUAUUUUUUACUGGUAUCGGAUUAGUGCUAGGUAUCGGGAGGGAAAAAUCAGUUUUGGAACAUCUCUAGUUAUGUUGCCAUGCUUUGUUUGUCUUUUGCACCUCAGUCACUGUUGUGCAUGUGCUUAACUCAGCAGAAAUAGACAGGGCGUGCAGUGUCAGGCAUCAGAAAAGUUCUGUCCAGAAACAUGCAACAACUAGUUGACUACAGUUGUAAUGAUUGCCAUGAGUAGAAGAAUAUCCCAGAGUUAAGCCUUUAACUUUAAAGGUAUUUGGUCACUAAUAAUUUAACUUGCUAAAUUCUCAGGUUGAAGUAACACAGACCAAGUAAUCCCGUUUCAGUACACCCAGAGUUGGUUAAACUGAGCUUUCUUAACUUCUGAAUUCAGCUUUUCAUUUCCAGAUGUUGUGGUUGUGUUCCUUUCAGAAGUUACAGCUUGUGCAGUAAUGUGUCCCAAAGUUAAAUAAGUGUUGGAUUUACCUGGAUUUGAGGGGAUUUCUCAGUUUUCCUGGCCUGUGAUGAAACCUCAGCUGCUUUUUUUUUGCCAUGCUCACAGUAAGAUGUCAGAGACAGGAGUGAAACAGUUAAAAACGUUCUUUUUAAUAUGGAUGGAAAGAUUGUUAGGCUUUGUUGUGCUCUUGACGUUGGUGUCACCCUCCUUGUUUUUCGUCUGCGUGGAGGUCUUCGGCUGUGUUGCGUGGCGCUCGGGCUGCUGGCGUGGCAAUCUGUUAUGGAAACAACAAUCGUGGAGCCUGUGUGGCGGGGAGCGUUCACCCCCUGGCACCAAACAUGGCACAGAUCUCACCCUGGCUUUUCAGCUGCGUGCCUAUGCUUUCCAACCAAUCCCUCCCUCCCUUCUCCUUCUAUUCACUCCCUCGCUUUCACCCCCCACACACACACAUACACACAAACUUUCCUACAUUUCUCUGGUUUUCUGCUCUCUUUCUCUCCCACUUUCUGUGCCUGUUUCCAUGCCUCCUGUUUACUUCUCCCCCCAGUCUCUCCUCUCAGUUUCAUCCUUUCUUUCGCUCCACAAAGACGCUCAUUCACCCCCGGUCACUUGGAUGCGAACAAAACGUCCUCUGAAAAUGCAAAGCCCGCACUGAAAAUGCCACUGCAGCCGGGAUUUCUGCCUUAACAUUCGCUCCUCGCCGGAGUUACUUUGUGUUCCUCGUUCACUGAGGGGGUCACUGUUUUCCACUGGCCCUGUGUGGGAGAGGGUGAGACGGGGGAGUGGAGGGGAGCGGCUGGCCUCCUGCCCAGUUGGAAAGAAAGGAGAACGGAGGUGGAGAGCUAAAAAAGGUCUGACGGGGCAUCUUUAUUGGUGCUGUGAGGUGCAGCAGAGACUGAAACAUGCACAGUCAUACCUGCUUGAGAUUCAUGGCUCAGCUCGAUCCAUUAGAAGUUUCUCUGAAUGUUUGUUUGGUUAAUGGAGAGAAGAAAACACUGGAUUUUUGCUGAAAGUUACUUGGAGAGAGAAGUGUUUUGAACUCCUAAAUCAAUACUGUGUUAGACUUUCUGGUCAGGACCCUCAUCGGCAAAAGACUGAUUAAGGUAGCUACUAGCUGGUUAACAUUGUGGUUUUCUGACCUCUUGUACUUUCAUUCUGACCCUCCUCAGCCUGGCUUGGUUGACAUUAAGCAAGACUAUUGGAUAGUAUUUGAUGUUUGUGGUGCCACAUGUUGCAAAGAAAUACUGAUGACUUGUUUUGUUUUUCAUGCUGAGUAAAUUUGGCCCGUCCUCUGUGAAGAGUUGCUCAUGAAAAUCCCCUAGUAGAUCUUUAAAUAUCUGCAGUAAGGGAUGUUAUUUGCCUUUGCUUGAAUCUCUGUAAAUCUGAAAAGCAGUCCAAAGUAAGUCGACUCAAUCUCAGCUGAAGUACAGUUUGCCUUGUGGAGCUUUUGUGUUGAAACAAACUUUGUCAAACAAAUGCAGGAAUGUGGGUCAGUCCUGUGUCUCUGACAUCACAGUGUCUUCUUGUCAGUAUGAAUGGUCUUACUCAGCUCUCUGCCGGCUCGGCUGACAGACACCUCAUUGUCAUGGACCUCCACUCCGCUCUCUGACGGAGCUCUGGCCUCUGACUCGCUCCCUCCGAGCGCUCCCUCUUUGUCCCGGCUGUCAAGCACCACUUCCUCCUUCCUCUGUACAGUAACGCCCAUAUUUGGUAAUGGCUUCAAGGAGCAUCGUGUGUGUACUUCACUUAUCUUUCCCUCAGUCUCUUUGGCUUCAGCACACUCACUGCUCAGUGAACUCUGCUCCUUUUAAAUACAUGGAAAAACAGCUGACCUGCUUGACCCUUGGAGAGAAGUUUCAGCCAGUGAAGCAGAAAAGAUGAUGACUGAAGGGCUCCUGUUAGAUAACUGCUCCCUCAUGUUUUUAGAUCUGUCAUUUAAGUCCAACGGUUAUACACUUCAUAAACAUUCUCCCUAGAUUUUAAAGAAAGUUGUUUACGUUGGUCUUUGAAUAUUAAACAUCUCCUUAUGUAGGGUCCUCUGAAAGUUUGAGCCUUGUUCCACCACCACUAGUUUUAGCUUCUGAUGUAAGAAAAGAAAUGAGUUCCCUGUUGCAACGUCUUUGGUGUGGUUCAUCACAAUAGUGGGUUGGGCAGUACCCAAAAUCCCUCAACAUAUUUAGUGUAUUAGUUUGCCAGUCAUCAGGCAGCUGGAGUUUAAUUCCUGCCAGAACUGGCUUAAUAAUAAUAACAAAGUUAAAGAGCUGUAACAAAGGUUACUGAGAAGGAAACUGCUGCUAAGAAGUAACACUGUAUUUGCUCUGUAGUUUAAGGUGAUUAUAUAAGCUAACUGAAAAUAUUUUCACCAACAAUGUUAUGAGUUAAGAACGGUAAUAAUCACAGAUGAUUGAAAGGAAGAAAACAAGAUGACUAAAAACAGCCAAACAAACAAAGACAAACAAAACUGUUGAUAGUAAUGGAUAGGGGUGGGAAUCACUGGUGGCCCCAUGAUACAAUAUCAUCACGAUACUUGGGCCAGGAUAUGAUGUUAUCAUGAUAAUUGGGCCACGAUACAAUAUUAUCACGAUACUUGGGCCACGAUACGAUAUUAUUGUGACUUUUAACAUUUUGCAAUACAGUAAGUAUUGCGAUUCAAUACAUUAUGAAUUAUAUAAUUUUUCCUUUAUGUUUGUCUUAUUUACGCUGUAUUUUAUUUUCCUGAAGCACAUCUUGCAAACCAUUUUUUUUUUUUGUUGCACUUUCUCCUGCACUAUGAUGUUACCUCUGCCAACCUCACUGGACAAACAGUUGAUUUUAUUUUUCCAUCAUCAUAGAUUUGACUUCAUAUUAGCAAUUAAUUUGAAAAAUCCAUACUUGGUAAAUGAGACGAUACAAUAUAUCACUAGACAAAAUAUUGUGAUACUAUCCUGUAUUGAUUUUUUUCUCCCACCCCUAGUAAUAGAUCAGCUUAUUUUCUGAACUUACUAGUUAAAAGAGUUAGUUAAAAGAGAAAAAAAAGGCAGACACUCUCAGUGUUUUCAGGCAUAUCAGGGCAGAUUUACGACUUGAAUAUUCAACCAAAUGAAGAAUUUAGUUAGUAAAUGAGCUAAAGUUACCACCAGCAACAGAAGGCUAGUGACAUGUGUAAUCCUGUGACAUGUGACUGCUUUAUGAUUCAUGUUCAUUCAGUUAUAGAUUUCUGCUUGUAUAAGUGGUUUAGCUUUGCAGAAAAUAGAGCUCUCUCAAGACUUUUUUAGGAUUCAACGUGCUGCUGUUGUUGACUAAACAGUUGCACAUCAUCACCCCUCACUCGUCAAUGCCAGAGUUUUAUUGCAACAUUGAACACCUUAAACGCCUGUUUUCCUCAGUGGACUAUGAGUGUGUGAUCAGAAACAGAACACACUUCACUCCCUAAACCACAACAGGAAAAUAGAUGUAGAAAGUGAUCCAAAUUUCCCAGAAGCUUCAGUGUGGCUGUUGUUUGUUCACUUAAUGUGUCAUGCAUAAAAAAGCAGGUGCUUUAUUAGUGUAGCUUUAUCUGGGAUAGUGCUGUGGUUUCUCUCCACAUGUUUUCCUACUGAGGUUUUAUGUUAGUCACAGUUUCACAGACCUAGCUUCAUCCUUGACCCCGUCUUUAAAAACCUUGGAACAUUUACUUGUUUUCAAAAGUCUCGGAUUUUGAUGCAUAAAGCAGAAACCAUCGUCAGUCAGAGCUGUUUAGGUCUGGAGGGUCUGAGAGCUGUCUGGAAUGUAAACCCGCUCUGAGAGGGGGAACUGGACGGAUCUGUCCUCUGACGUCAGCACAGUUCACUGACAAGGCGGAGAAGGGCGAUGACCCCCGGGGGUUCGGGCUCAGCUAAGAAUUUGACUGAAGGAUAAAAAGAUAAAGAGGAAAGUAGAGGAGGGAGGAGGUCUGGGAAAGAGAGGAGUUUGGAUAGAGAGAACAGCUGUUUAAAGAGCAGGGAUCUCCAGGAGAAAAGACUCUGUGUUCAGUCUGUGGAGAGCAGACUGUGACCAAACCUGAACUUAAAGGCUAAGACGCGCGGACACAAGAACCUGCCCAAAUUAGGUGAGCUGAGCUGGAGCAUUUUUGAAGGGAGAGAGAGUUUUACUAAUCUGGUGUAAAGCUGCAGGGAAAGGCUGGGCAUCAUUUUCCAUCAGUUUAAACCACAAACAGCUCCUGUCACACUGGUGUUAUGGUGUUUCAUUUAAAAGGGCAUCUGUGGCAGUGUUUUUAGUAAAGUUAGAAUAGAGUUGUAGAUGUCACUCAGCAAGUAUUUUUAGUCGAAAAUAGGGCUGGGCGAUAAAACUAUAAUGUAUAUUGAAACUUAAUUUCCCUCAAUAUCAAUAAAAAACAUGCUCAAUAUGCUUUUCGAUAGUCAGCAUUCUACCAUGUUUUGGUGGACUAUACAAAUAGCCCAAGACAAUCAGUUUUGUGUGCUGUGAGGUCGGCUCAUCUUAUGCUCAUAACUCACUGUGAUCUGUGUAAUAUUGACUUUUACACCCAAACCCAUGAUUGUAUUUUAAAAGUACUCCAAGAACAUUUUCUCCCCGGCUAGUUAGUUUCAUUGUUGAUGCACUUUCAGUAUUUGCUGCACGUCACUGUGUUUAAAUGUGUGUGUGUGCGUGCGCAGGCCUCUGAUGUCACAUUCACUACAUGUUAGUAUGCAGAGCGUGGGUUGCAGGAGAUGCCACUUUAUCAGCAAAUCACUCCCUCCCUCCCUCCCUCCCUACACUAGUUACAUCGACACCAGCAGCUCCCCGAACACCGACACCUUGCAGGAUGGAAAUUGGUCUUGCUGGGUUGCUAUGGUGACGGGCUAUGGGUACCACCUCCUGUUCUCUCCCUCCUGGUAUCUCUCACUCUUUCUCUUCAGAGGGGAAGCUGCAGUGCGGUGGUGACAGAGAGUAAAGGAUGCUGGGAUACCUCCCUGCGAGCCCCAAGUGGUACGAUCUGAAGUCAAGGUCACUCCGAGUUUGUGUGCGUGUGUGUACGUGUGUGUGUGUGUGCACUCCCAGCUUCUUCUUAACUUAACUAUAAAACGAAAGAGGAUCCCCCAAGCAAGUGAGGACUAGUGCCUCAGGUUAUGAUGUGUAUUCCUGUGUGUGUGUGUGUGUGUGUGUGUGUGUGUGUGUGUGUGUCCUAUAUCAGGCCUUCCUCCCUGUCAGCUGAGCCAGCACAGACCUGCAAACGCGUCAUCGGCGGCCAGAAAGGGAGGGGUGUUAAAUCACUCUGCACACACACACAUUUUAGUGGACACUCCUUGCUUGUGUUCUGAGCUUUACAGGCCGACGGUACAAGGUGUACAUGUUUCUGAACCACACCAGGACGUAAUGGCCUUGAGUUCAGCUGUGUGGUUUUGGCUCGUGAUAUAUUCUCUUGUUUAUUUGAACCUCACCUUUGCACCGUCUGAAAAUAGCAGCAGGUGUGAUCACAGGUUGUGUGUUUGGCUGCAGAGGACAAGACAGGAGCAACUGUUUAUCAGCACAGGUCUCUGGGCAGAAACAGCAGGCUCGCGUUGCACACAUACUCACUCACACACACACACACACACACACACACACUCUGUUGUCCUCCAGAGUGUCAGGCAGGAGUCACCUGAAGCUCAAACUCCUCCGCCUUUGUAGCUGCAGGAUUCCACCUUCCGCCCUCGCCUCGUCUGAUUUGCUUAUUAAGUGGCGUUUGACGCCUGCUAGGGUUUCCAUCAAGUUGCUCUGUGGUGUCAUCUGACUGCAGCAGUCUGAGUCAGCGCUGUCCCACUUCUGUGACGCUGCCGUUCAUCUGAGCACACGGGGGGAGAAUGUAGGGCAGUGGCAGAGCAUGGAAAUACUGCAGGGAAAGUUAAAAACACAAAUCCCUGAAGCAGAUUUAUAGGGUAGUUGUCACUGCUGGUUUGCAUGUAUCAGCUCUAAAGGAGGCCUGACAGUCGCUGUACUUAAGUGCAGAAAUGCCCCACAAGCAGGAAUGAAGUUCAUAAAUACUGCAAAGUUUUUAACUCUGCAAUGUGACCACUCUGCAAAAUAUUUUCAACUCUGAUGCGAGAAAAAAAAAUGCCAGUGCAGAAUUUGCGAAAAAAUUGUACAAUGUCGUUGCUUCAAGUUAUUUUUAUACCUGUGUGAUGGUGUAAAGUAUCCUUAGGCAGCUCUCUAAAAACUUUUCUGCACAAGAGCUUGAGGAAAACCUGUCUUCAUCAGGGGGUUUCAAGUUCCUCUAUAUUUAGGGCUGUACUUGAAACUAUAUUUUAGAUUACAUUGUUUGUUUGUUGUUUAAUUUAAUUUAAAGCUCCUGUAAGAAACUUUUAGUUUGUGUCAAUUUUGGCGCCUCUUGUCGACAAAGCAGUCUCUUCUUAUUUGGUCUUCAACAUGCUGAAGUGGUGUCUUCAAGCAAAAGUUCUCAUCUUGGUGGCGUUUGAAUGUCAAAUUUAUCAUUUAGUGUGAAUAUUUUGGGUGAAUGUUGUAAAAACAGGGCUACACCUACCCUCCCAUACUGCUCCUGACAUUAAAAUGAAGUUAAACAAAUUGUCAGUCUGGUUGUUGAUGGUCUGGUUUGCUUUUGGCUUACAUGAAAAGGUGUUUGUAUGAGUUUCAGUCUAUCCUUUCAACUUUAAAAACCCCUCACAAGUGCUUUAUGACAGUGUUUUGCAGGAUACAAACUGAUGAUGUAAUUAACUUAAUUGUCACUACGUCAAAUUAUUAACUGUUAUGAAACAGUGUCUCUAUUUACACAGCAAAUUUGCAGUGAGUCAUUUUGAUAGUUAAUUUAACCACCUUAAUAAUCCCCAUGUAUAAAAAAUACCAACCCUUUCACUUUGAUCUACAGCCCUUCACCAUGUGACCAUGGUGGACCCCCCUCCUCCCCCUUUUCCUCUGUUACACAACAGGAAGUGCUUUUAAAAAAAACCCAAUCCCAACAACAUCAACCAAACACAGUUUUUCCAUCCUGUUUGUAGACAAAAACCAACCUCCUGUAUCGUGCUAAAUUUUACUUUAUUUUACACAAUCAACCCAAUCUUUAAAAGAAUCAGUUAAUAACAUUAAAGUAACUCCUAGAGAAUGGUGUUGACAUGAUAUGCACGGUACAAUGAAAAGUCCCUGCCUCCCAUUUUAAACCUAAAGCUACCUUUGAAAUGUUCUAGUCCUGUAGGUGUUGUGUGAAGUUAUGAGACUCAGACAGAGAGAAGAAUCAGGGACCCUUACUUGUGCAGUUUGUGUUGUAGUCUGUUAAUCUUUGACGGUGUUCUACGUACGUACUUAGGCUAAAUCCAUACUCUGCAGCUAAACCCUGUCUGAUUUAUCAGGGCCUGUGUCCACUUACUGCAUUUUUAAUUUCUUAAAUUUUUGCUCUGCUCAAAACUUUAAUUGCAGAGUGCUUUGUGUUGGUGCUCAAUGAUGCUGUCUUAAUCAUUGUAGUAUGUAGAUAAAACUGAAAGGGCCUGUGUCCAUUUACCCCGACAAAAUCAUGUGUGUUUAGUGCCUCCUUUGUACAUCAUUGUUUACAAAGCUGUUGCCAGAAAUUCCACCUCUUCUCGAUUUCGGUUGGUCAGUUAUGGAGAGCUUAAAUCAAUGAGCAUGAUGUUUGAGCUACUUUUGAUUUCUAGCACUAUGAGUGUGGCGCCAAAAUCAGCUGAAAGCAUUUUUGUUCAGGAUGCUGAUGCUGAAAACAAUAGCUUCUAGUGGACACAUGCCCUUAUAAAUGAAUUGAGUUAAAAAUUUGUAAUAUUGAAAUAAAAUAAAUUGUUUUGGAGCAUCGCAGAGAAGCAAAACUGAAAAAAACUGUGAUUAGCUGUGAUUUUGCAAAGAAAUAAAGCCCCUGUCAGCACACAUAAGUAAUGUGUCUAGUUGACACAUGCCCUUAUUUGUAAAGGCAGUUUAAAUUUUUUUUUCAUCAGCAUACCCUGUCCCCCGUAUUUCCUAUGAGUUUGCUUUAGUCAUGUGGCAGAGGUUGUGUAAGGUCAUGGGAUGAACUUGAUGAGGACAAUUUACACUCUGCUUCAUCUAGACUAUGAUUAUUUCUCUUCUUUGCCACUUCUCUUUUGAUUGAAUUUUUCAAAGUCACUCAGUGGGAGAAGAUAUGUCGGGUUACGAGUCAUAUCUGAUGACACUUUUUUCUUCCUCCCUCAGUGCGAGGAUGUCGUCCAGGGAAGAUCGUCCAGAUGACGGAGGCAGAGGUUCGCGGCCUCUGCAUCAAAUCCCGGGAGAUCUUCCUCAGUCAGCCCAUCCUCCUGGAGCUGGAGGCUCCACUCAAAAUCUGUGGUCAGUCACCUCCCAUUUUCACUCCCUUUAUCCUCUAAACCUAAUCUUUUCACAGCUUGAGAAAAUGAUUCCUACGGUCUUUGUCGAUUCCAGGUGAUAUCCACGGACAGUACACAGACCUGCUGAGGCUCUUUGAGUACGGCGGCUUCCCACCAGAGGCCAACUACCUGUUCCUGGGCGACUACGUGGACAGAGGGAAGCAGUCUCUGGAGACCAUCUGCCUGCUGUUGGCCUACAAGAUCAAAUACCCCGAGAACUUCUUCCUGCUCAGGGGCAACCACGAGUGUGCCUCCAUUAACCGCAUCUACGGCUUCUAUGACGAGUGUGAGUCUCUCUGCUCUCAUGAUGAAACACAGGAGGACAGGGGGUCCUAUUUUCAGCUCUCAUUAUGGUGGCUCUUGUUCCAGUAUUUACGGAUCAGCACACAAAAAGAUGUCCUCGAAAACUUCUAAGGAGUGUUAAAUUUUAUGAUUUUAUGAUAUACUUCUAAUGUAAAAUUAAUAAAAUGUACAAAGAGGAAGCCUGAACUGAGUGGAGUUAAACUGCACCCUCAAUCUAAAUAUGCCUGUGUCAACAUUUGAGCUUGUAAAGUCGUUUCAGCCACCUUAUAUGGAGCUGAACUUGCUGUCUUGUUGAUUCUGCAGGUAAACGCAGAUUCAACAUCAAACUGUGGAAGACGUUCACGGACUGCUUUAACUGCCUGCCCAUCGCUGCCAUCGUGGACGAGAAGAUCUUCUGCUGUCAUGGAGGUAUUUAUAUCCGCUAAAUCAGGAGAGGUUUGAAAAUUUGGGCUUAUUUUUAAUGCAAGUGUAGUGGAGGUGUGGAAAGAUAACGCUGUGACCUUACAGCAUUUUCUGUUUCUCCUAAUCUGAUGUAAAAGAAAAUAGGUCAGAGUGAGUGCACAGCUCUGUGGGUGAAGGUUAAUGCCUGCACUGACACAGGAGGGAGAUCUAUAAAGAGAUUUACGUGGCGAUGUGUCACUGUGUCGUCUGCAGGUCUCUCACCUGACCUGCAGUCCAUGGAGCAGAUCAGACGCAUCAUGAGACCCACAGACGUGCCUGACACAGGUAGGUUAAACACACACAUGCACUCAUGCACACUGGGGACUGUUGUUUCAUUGUUGUUCAAAUUUUUAUUUCUAAUUAUGGAAGCACAAGAUGAGUGUGGAGGGUUUUAGAGUUGACUUUUAAUUCACUUUAAAACACCAAGAAGUAACUUUUUACUUUAGAUGUUAGUCAUAUAUAAAAAAUUUAAAACGCAGGGAUCAUUAUUACCUUAUUUUCCGUACUAUAAGUCACUUUGGCGUAUAAGUCGCACCAUCCAAAAAAUGCAUAAUGAAGUAGAAAAAACGUACCGGUAUAAGUCACGUUUGGGGGGAAAUUUAUCUUACAAAAUCCAAGACCAAAAACAGACAUUUCAUCUUGAAAGGCUUAUUAUAAUAAUAAUAGAAUAGAGAACAACAGGCUGAUUAGGUGUACGGUAUGCAAAUGUAACACAUUGAUGGUUAUACAGCUACAUGAAGCAUAAACAAUGAACUCAAUAGGUGUCUGGUAUGUUAACAUAACAUAAAAACAGUUAUUCAGAUAACUAUAGUAUAAAACACAUAAGUUUAUCUGCGUGACUGUUGUUAGACUAUACGUAAAAUUAUAUAUUUUGAUAUAUAUAAGUCGCACCUGAGUAAAAGUCGCAAACCCAGCCAAACUAUGGAGAAAAGUGCGACUCAUAGUCCGGAAAAUACAUGUUUGUAACAUCUAGUGUGCAAUGAGGGCCUAUGUUCACUGACAGCAUUUUCUGCCCAGGCGGUGCAGUUUUCUCUGUUCGACACCAAUGCCUGUCAGUGUUUUCAUCACUCACUGUCAUGGACCCAAACCCACCCACAGCCCCACGUCUCUGGGGGCUGACUUUGUUUUGAUUGCCCGGUCAGUUGAUGAUUAAUCGCCGCAGCUCUUGUAAACACCGCCAACAGGAACGAGAACACUUCUGCCAUCAGCAGUCACGUCCCUCGCCUGCACUCAUACUCAGAUAUCUGUUUGCAUGGAUUACAUCAAUACUGACCCCAGCAGCACUGAAAACAAGCUAACCGCAGAUGACAGGAGUUUCAGUCCGCGCUGCGAUGGCGUGAGUCACUGGGCCGGGGUGGAGAGGCGUUCUGGGAGAGAAAAAUCGUGCUCGGGAACUUGAGCUAAACUUUAUUCAUGCUUCAGCUGAGGAGAAGUUCAAGUCCCUCUGCUGGAGAAAAAACCCACUCUGCCACUGAAUAGGUCACGACGCUGCCCAGAUACCUCCAGGAAAAUAAGACCACAGUGGAAGAAACCUCCAGAUUAUUCCCACAUCCCUAUUUUCCUGCAGGUUUCAUCUUCCCCCGCUGAUUGAUUGGACAGUUUUGUACCCUCGUCCUGACAGGUUACACAAGUGAACAGUGUGGGGGUCAAAACAAAUCCAGGCCCAUAUUUAUCAAACUUCUCAGGGCAGGAAAUCGACUGUAAGGGGCCAAAAGUUCUUAGAGUGACGCAGGUUUGCUUCUACUUUUAGCCCUACAAGUAAACUCAACUUUCUUAACUUAGAAAUGACUCGUCCACCUCCUCCACCUCCUGCCUAAACACCAUCUUCUGCUCCUCUAAAUAUCAACAGAGACUUGCGCGCACACUCUGAGGGAGGGCAGAUGUGUUUACACGACAGUGAGGUUGGUAAAAGAUGCAACAAACCCUGGAUUUCAGCUCUGUCUUUAUCAUAUUCAUAUAAAAGGUGUAUUUUUUUGUCUCUUAAGGAAAUGUACAGUAAAAAUGAAAGUGUAGAUAUGGAAGUUUUUGCCCUUUUCCUCUGGACCUGCUGGUUCUUGUCCUUAUAAGGCAGUCAGUGUUCAGACAGAGGCAGCAGCUGUCUCUCAGAUCCUCUUAUGGUCUUUCAUGGAGACUCAGAGUGUCUGGAUGUGAAGAGAGUGUGUGUAUAUACAUGGACAGUGGUGUGUGUUUUAAAACAUGACAUUAUUUCAAUGGGAAACAGAGUGACUCUGACAAAGAGGCAGAAAACUUGAUUCCACUCUGUGGCUCAGAUCUGGGUCAAAGAUGGAGAUGAAUCAGGUCUGAACUUCCUCUCUUAACGGCAUGAAGUGGUGAGGAACAUGUUUCCAAUCAUGCGUUUGUCCCUCCAGGCCUCCUGUGUGAUCUGCUGUGGUCAGACCCGGACAAAGACGUGCAGGGCUGGGGGGAAAACGACCGCGGCGUCUCCUUCACAUUCGGGGCUGAUGUGGUCAGCAAGUUCCUCAACCGUCACGACCUGGACCUGAUCUGCAGGGCCCACCAGGUACUAAAAACCCACACAGUCACGCAGCCCUCCUUUACUCAGCAAGUUAAAGAAAAACUCUGUUACUCACAAAAAAAACUGUUUUAAUAUUUAGUUUUGUUUUCCUUUAAACAGCGAGGGAGUUUCUUCUUCUUUUGUUUUAGUUGUAAAGACAAAACUCAAAGUGGUUUUGAGUUCCUGUUUUUGCCUUAGAUAACAAUUUCCAAACACCUGACAGUAAAACAGAAAGGAUUUCUUGAAAAAUGAUCUUUUUUCAAUUGGUAAAGAUCCUUGUUUUGAAAAAAGAAACCAUUUUUAUCAUGAGUUUUGCAUGAUUUUUCACGUUCAGGGGAGGCAGGGAGUUGCAGGGGGCUUAAAGCUCACCUUAGCUCCAUCUCUUUGCCUGUGGUUCGAUCCAUCCAAGUUCAGUUAAUUCAGGGUGCUGAUGGCUGAGCAGUCUAAGUGCUCCAUGUAUAGAGGCUACAGUCUUCAUCACAGCAGAUUCACGGCCGCGACCCUUUGCUACAUGUCCGUAAAAAAAGGCCAUAAUACGCCAACAUACUGAGCUUAGACAAACAAAGUGUUAAAAAGUGUAGUGUUUGUUAACAGUUCCUCUCCAGACAUUUAGAGAAACUUGAUUUAAUAGCAGUAGAUAAAAAGGUAGUGUUUCUGCAGAGAGAUUUUUCACCUUCAGGCCUUCUGAAAACACCCAUGCACCCAAAAGCUGCUGUGUGUGUUUCUAACUGUGUGUGUCUGGCGCCCCCAGGUGGUAGAAGACGGCUAUGAGUUCUUUGCCAAGCGGCAGCUGGUGACUCUGUUCUCAGCUCCCAACUACUGCGGAGAGUUUGAUAACGCCGGAGGCAUGAUGAGUGUGGAUGAAACCCUGAUGUGCUCCUUCCAGGUACGGAAUCAUCACAGUUCGUAAAUCUGCGAACUUGAGGGUUAAAUGGUGACGUAGAAGUAUUAAUUUGAGCUAAAGUUCUUCCUAAGAUGUCUGUUUUUGUGCUUGUUUUUAGAUCCUGAAGCCAUCUGAGAAGAAAGCAAAAUACCAGUACGGAGGGAUGAACACUGGUCGGCCUGUCACCCCACCUCGCACAGCCCAAACUCCAAAGAAGCGAUGAAGACUGACAGAAGGAGGAGGAGGCGCAGAGAUCCACAGAGAGAGAGAGAGAGAGAGAGAGAGGGAGUGAGAUUUGAAGGGAUGAUUGUCAGAGGUUGUUGGCUUUUCACUACACAAAAUAAGUCUGAGCAACACUUGUCAGAGGAGGAAACAAACACACCUGAACCCGUCAGUUUUCAUUUCUUUCUGAUCUCCUUCUGAGCGGCUGUCACACUUCUUCCUCCAGGUUUCUUUCUCUGCAUCUGUGUAACAUUUUUAAAAACAAGUGUUGAAAAAGAAAAAUGAAACAGAGGCGUCAUUCUGUAGCAUAUCAGAGUGUUGUUGUUUUUUUUUUUUUGUCUGUCUUUUUUGCCCUUAAUUUUCUUGACAACAGAAUGACAGCUAGUUUAGUUUACCACAUCUCCUUACUCCCCCCCUGCCUGCCUGAACGGGCACAACAGGUAUUACUGACGACUGCUGGGUUUUCAAUAAAUAAUACAAGAAAUAAAUUCUC